GCGGGCACCGUGCCCCCCCGGCCAGAGGUGGACAUGCUCUACAGGAUCGAGGACGUGCCCCCCUGGUACCUCAGCAUCCUGCUCGGUUUCCAGCACUACCUGACCUGCUUCAGCGGCACCAUCGCCGUCCCCUUCCUGCUGGCCGAGAGCCUGUGCGUGGGCAAGGACCAGCUCACCGUCAGCUACCUCAUCGGCACCAUCUUCACCUGCGUCGGUAUCACCACCCUCAUCCAGACCACCGUGGGCAUCAGGCUGCCCCUCUUCCAGGCGAGCGCGCUGGCCUUCCUCGUCCCCGCCAAGUCCAUCCUGGCCCUGGAGAAGUGGCGAUGCCCGCCUGAAGAGCAGAUCUACGGCAACUGGACUCUGCCGCUUAACACCUCCCACGUCUGGCAGCCCCGCAUGCGAGAGAUCCAGGGGGCCAUCGUGGUGUCCAGCCUGGUGGAGGUGGCCAUCGGGCUGCUGGGGCUCCCCGGGGCGCUGCUCAGCUACAUCGGGCCACUGACCGUCACCCCCACCGUCUCCCUCAUCGGGCUCUCCGUCUUCCAGGCGGCCGGCGAGCGGGCCGGCUCCCACUGGGGCAUCGCCGCACUGACCAUCUUCUUGAUUGUCCUGUUUGCCCAGUACCUGCGGCACGUCAACAUCUGCCUGCCCGGCUACCGGCGGGGCAGCGGCUUCGUCCUGCUCCGCGUCCAGAUCUUCAAGAUGUUCCCGAUCAUCCUGGCCAUCAUGGUGGUGUGGUUGCUCUGCUACGUGCUGACGUGCACCGGCGUCUUCCCCAGCCGGCCCGAGGCGUACGGCUACAAGGCCAGGACGGACGCCCGGGGGGAGAUCCUGUCCGUGGCACCCUGGUUUCGGGUCCCCUACCCCUGCCAGUGGGGUCUGCCCACAGUGACCUCGGCGGCCGUGCUGGGCAUGUUCAGCGCCACGCUGGCGGGCAUCAUCGAGUCCAUCGGGGACUACUACUCCUGCGCCCGGCUGGCGGGAGCCCCCGCUCCCCCCGUGCACGCCAUUAACAGAGGCAUUUUCACCGAAGGCAUCUCCUGCAUCAUCGCGGGGCUGCUGGGAACCGGCAACGGCUCCACCUCCUCCAGCCCCAACAUCGGCGUCUUGGGCAUCACGAAGGUGGGGAGCAGGAGGGUGAUACAGUACGGGGCCGGGAUCAUGCUCGUGUUGGGGACCAUCGGAAAGUUCACGGCACUGUUCGCCUCUCUGCCCGACCCCAUCCUCGGCGGGAUGUUCUGCACCUUAUUCGGCAUGAUCACGGCCGUCGGCCUCUCCAACCUGCAGUUCGUCGACAUGAACUCCUCCCGCAAUCUCUUCGUGCUGGGCUUCGCCAUGUUUUUUGGGCUGACGCUGCCAAACUACCUGGAUUCCCAACCCAAGGCCAUUAACACAGGUGUCCCCGAGCUGGACCAGAUACUGACGGUGCUGCUAACGACAGAGAUGUUCGUCGGGGGGACCAUCGCCUUCAUCCUGGACAACACCAUCCCGGGGACGCAGGAGGAGCGAGGGCUGGUGCAGUGGAAGGCGGGCGCGCACUCGGACAGCACGGCGAGAGCCAGCUUGAGGAGCUACGACUUCCCCUUUGGGAUGAGCGUGGUGAGGAGGAGCCGGUGGUUGAAGCGUGUGCCCAUCUGCCCCGUGUUCACGGGGUUUAAGGCCCGGGCGCGGGGCAGCAAUGCCGCGGCGGCGGCUGCAGACGUGCAGGGUACGGCGGACGGGCUCUCCGUGUGCACGAAGGUCUGAGCGAGGGGAGGGCUCGCACCCUGGCGCCGGAGGAGCCGAGCCGAGCUCCCGCGGGUGCUGUCGGUGUUUGUUAGCACCCACCAAGUCCAAAGCCAAGGCUUCUGGUGCUCGUCUUGAACACAGGGCUAGGGAAACUCCAAGUUGCCUUUCAGGGACAUCCCGAGCUCCUGGGGUACAGGCCUGGGGACCACCACCCCCCGUGUCAUUGCUUCACCUCAAGCUUUAGCUGGUUGAGACUCAUUCAGCACUUGCUGAAGCUCAUUAGCCACCAUCGGAGAUGGCUGGAGCCACAAACUCCCACCUGGGGCCACAGAUUUUCAUGCUGCGCCCUCAGCUUCAGCAGGGCUACCCGGCAGCUGAAGCGGGCUCUGUGUGGGUACAGUAUCCAGACCAGCGUUAGGAUGCCCAUUUUAAGAUCAUAUAUUAAAAAUAAUAAAAUAAACAA